AUGGUAGAAUCAGUAAUAAAAAAAGAUGAAAAUAAUAAAAAUGAACAAACAUCCAAUAUAGAUAAAAUAUUAAAGCAAUCUCUUUUAAAUGCACAUCAAUUAUUUAGUUAUAGCGAUCCAACAGAAACAACAACCAAUGCAACAAACCCAAAUACAAAUACAAAUAACAAUACAAACACAAAUAUAUAUGAUGAAGACGAGUCUAAAAGAAUCGGUUUAUACUCAAAAAUUAAAGAUGAAUAUGAUUCAGUAAAAAAUUUACCACCUCCACAAUUAAAGAAAGCAGCAGCAACUUCAAAACAAGCUGCAGGAACAGCAUCAUCUGCAUCAUCCGCAUCUGCAUUAAAUAAACCAACUAUUGAAGAGAUUGAGGUAGAUAAAUCAAUUGAUAAUAUAAUUAAAAGUUUACCACAACAACAAGAUGAAAAGAGAAGAAAACUUGAUAGUGAUAAAAAUCAACUAUCAAUUUAUACACCACCAAGUAAUAAAGAGAAUAUUAACAUAAGAGCAUUAAAUUCAUAUGAACCUUUAACUUAUACCAAACCAGAAUGGCAUCCACCUUGGAAAUUAAUGCGUGUUAUUAGUGGACAUAAUGGAUGGGUAAGAGCAGUAGCAGUGGAUCCAUCCAAUCAAUGGUUUGCAACAGGUAGUACAGAUAACACUAUAAAGAUUUGGGAUUUAGCAAGUGGUGAAUUAAAGGUAACCUUAACAGGUCAUGUUAGCGCAAUUAGAGAUAUCAAAAUUAGUUCAAGACACCCAUAUUUAUUUUCAGCAGGUGAGGAUAAUAAAGUGCUCUGUUGGGAUCUCGAAACCAAUAAACAAGUUAAAAACUAUUAUGGACAUAAGAAUGGCGUUUAUUCAUUGGCACUUCAUCCAACUUUAGAUGUAUUAUUCAGUGGUGGUAGAGAUAAAAUGGUACGUGUUUGGGAUAUGCGUACAAGAGGUCAAAUUUUUGAAAUGAGAGGUCACAAAGAUACAGUCAAUUCAUUAGUUUCACAAAAUGCAGAUCCACAAAUCGUUUCAGGUUCGUCCGAUUCAACUGUUAAACUUUGGGAUUUAGCAACAGGUACAAGUGCAGCAACCCUUACAAAUCAUAAAAAGAGUGUUCGUGCAAUGGCUAUGCACUCAAGAGAUUAUUCAUUCGCUAGUGGUAGUGCCGAUAAUAUCAAGCAAUGGAAAUGCCCAGAUGGUAGUUUUAUUAAAAAUCUUUCAGGCCACAACGCAAUCAUCAACGCCAUGGCACUCAAUGAAGAUAAUGUUUUAGUCUCUGGAGGUGAUAAUGGUUCAAUGCAUUUAUGGGAUUGGAAAACUGGUUAUUGCUUCCAAAAAUUACAAACUAUCGUUCAACCAGGUUCUUUAGAUAGUGAAGCUGGUAUAUUUUCAAUGUCCUUUGAUAGAACUGGCUCAAGAUUAAUUACUGGUGAAGCAGAUAAAACUAUUAAAUUUUAUAAAGAAGAUGAAGAAGCUACUCCUGCAUCUCAUCCCGUUGUAGAUUGGAAACCAUCAAAAACAGAUAGAUAUUAA